AUGGGAUCUAUUCAGGAGCAAGGCUCGAAAGAUGGCAGGCAGGAAGCGAACGGGGUCUCGCCAUCGGCUGAUCCGAUCCUCACGAGGAGAAAAUUGAAGAUUGUCUGCAUCGGUGCUGGGUUCUCUGGUCUCACGCUGUCACACAAGAUCCAGCAUGAGUGGAAGCUGGAAGACGUGAUCGAUCUCCAGAUUUACGAGAAGAACGCUGAUGUAGGAGGGACCUGGUAUGAGAAUACAUACCCCGGUGCCGCAUGUGACAUUCCAGCUCAUGCGUACACGUUCCUGUUCGAGCCCAACCCAGAUUGGUCUCAGUUCUAUCCUUCCCAGCCUGAGAUCCAAGCCUACAUCAAAGCAACCGUUGCCAAAUACAACCUGGACAAAUAUGUGUCGCUCAAGUCAAAAGUCUUGGAGACUCGCUGGGACGAUGACGCCGGGAAAUGGAAGAUCAAGUUCGAUGCCAACGGAGUCUCGCAGGAGGACACUGCAGAUAUUCUGGUCAAUGGCUCUGGAUUUCUCAACAAAUGGAAAUGGCCCCAGAUCGCUGGGUUGCAUGACUUCCAAGGGAAGCUCGUCCACAGCGCAAAAUGGGACAACACCUAUUCCUGGGAGGGCAAGAAAGUAGCAGUCAUCGGCAAUGGUUCCUCAGGCAUCCAAAUCGUGGCGGCCAUGCAACCGAAAGUCUCGAAACUGGUCACUUACAUCCGCAAUCCCACGUGGAUUUCGAUCAACUUCUGCGCCGACAAGACCACCGACGGCAAGAACUUCACUUACACAGAAGAGCAGAGAAAAGCGUUCCGAGAAAACCCUGAAGCUCACUUUGCGCUCCGCAAGGAGUUGGAGGCUUCCGUCAACGGUUUCUUCUUUGGUAUGAAGACCGGCCACCCAUUCCAGCAAGGGCUGGAAGCAGCGUGCAAAGCUCAGAUGGGGGCCAUCCUCAAAGACGAUCCCGAGCUUGCCGCGAAGAUGAUACCGGCCUUCCACCCUGGCUGCCGACGCCUGACACCUGGGGACGGAUACCUCGAAGCUCUUCAACAACCAAAUGCCCGUGUCUGCUGGUCUCCCAUCACGCGCGUCACAGCGAAAGGCAUCGAAACGGCCGAAGGCGAAGAAGAAUUCGACUUGAUUGUCUGCGCCACCGGCUUCGACACCAGCUUCGUGCCGUCGUGGAAACUCGUCGGUCUCAACGGCGCAACCUUGGACGAGAGGUGGAAGACCGACCCGGACGCGUUUUUCGCCGUCCAGGUCGACACCAUGCCGAACUACUACAUGUUCAACGGACCCAACUGUCCCAUCUCGCAUGGCUCGGUCCUGACCGAGAUUUCCUGGACGUGUGAUUACAUCCUUCGGUGGGCGCAGAAGAUUGCCACUCAGAAUAUCAAAUCAAUCACCCCCAAGCCUGAAGCUGUGGCCGACUUCAACGAGUACUCGCAGGAAUUUCUCAAAAACACCGUGUGGGCGGACAACUGUCGGUCGUGGUACAAGAAUGGCAAAGAGAGCGGCGCCGUCACCGGCACGUAUGCCGGCUCCAUCCUCCAUUUCAAGGACGGUCUGGAGAACGUCGGCUCCGAGUACUUUGACAUCGUGUGGCGGAGUAAGAACCGAUUUGCCUGGUUGGGCAACGGCCAGAGCCUCUGGGAUAAAGACGGCAUGGGUGACAUGGCCUACUACAUGAAGAACCUGGAGGUCUGA